AUGUUUAUAUUGCAAAGAGUGACAACAGAGGAGCUAACCCAGAAAAUAAACGAAGAGGGAGAAAAGCAGCAGAAAAGAAAGGAGUCCGUUCUUAAGUGGGGCGAUACAAUAGAUAUGGUCUCUGCACUUGCUCCAUCAAUUGGUACAAGAAUAGGAUAG